CACCUCAUCCAAAUUCAAGAGGGAGAAUGAGCGAGGGGGGCGGGAACCUCCCUCUGAUUGGUGGCAGAUGAAGCAACUGGGAGUCAGGAGGGAGUCAAUGUGGCCUUAAAAAGGGCGCAGUUGUUGAGGAGCAGCAAGACCCGCUGAGAUCCGAGUACCCCCACAACCCGUGCCAAACACCCCAAAAGUGCCUUGAGCUGGUCAAGAUGCCGAGAGGCUUCCUGGUCAAGAGGAGCAAGAGGCUCAACCUGCUGUCAUACCGCUCGCAGUGCAAGGAUGAGGCGGAGGAGCGGAAACCUUCGGGGGCUUCAUCGCAAGAGCGCACGCGCGCGUCCUCGCGCGCCCGCUGGACGGUGCCGCCGUCGGCCUUGGCGGCGGCACCGGAGUGCGAGUGCAGAGCCGCCCGCUUCGGCAUCCCGGAGGGGGUGUACCGAGCCCUCUGUAGCCCAACCUGGCCGGCGAGCGGAGAGCAGGAAGCCGAGCGGCACCCGGCUUCGGGUUUGGCUUCACCGGUGUCGGCCGAGGUGUUCCCCGCCGCGCUCGCCGCCCUGGGGAACCUCUUCAACAUGGGCUCCAGCACCUCCGCCAAGCGGACCGCUGACCCCGAGUUCAAAGUCAAACCCGCCACCAAAAGAGUCAAGAACAUGCGGAAGCUGCACUUUGAGGACCACGUCACCACCUCGCCCGUUCUGGGGCUGAAGAUCCGGGACAUUCCGGCGGCCGAGCGCCGCUCUCCGGGCGGUACUGACGGCGAGCCGCGCGGCCAGUUUGUGUGUCAGCUGUGCGGGGAGGCGUACGCCGACCCGCUCGGCCUGGCCCAGCACCGCUGCUCCAGAAUCGUCCGGGUGGAGUACCGCUGCCCCGAGUGUGACAAGGGAUUCAGCUGCCCCGCCAACCUGGCGUCACACCGCCGCUGGCAUAAGCCCAAGGCGGAGGCAAAGAGUCUCCCCGCGGCGGAGCCCGGCUCGUCCGAGUCCAGUUCGGAAGGGGAGGAGCCGCACGAGCGCGCUCAGGGCACCGAAAGGUUCAAGCGUCAAUCCUGCCUGCGGAAGCGCGUGGCCAUGCGGCACACUCCCAUCGACCUGAGCGCAGCUGCCGGCGCGCAAGCGUGCCCGACUCGAGGAGAGGCGCACGCUGGCGCGCCUCACGCGCAGUCGGCGCAGGCUUCGCGCUGCAAACGUUACUCGCCCGGACUCGACCGCUGCCGUGCGUCCGAGGGCGCUGAUGAGUUGCACGGCCGGCAAGUGGUCAGCGCGUCCGCCUCACGGUUCUGA